GUGAAGAAAUGUCAUCAUCGUAUAUUAGUGAUAUGUGAAAUGUGAUUUAUUUAUUUAAUUAUUAUUGUACAAGUAAUAAAACUAAAUAGAGAUUAAGAAAAACGUUAAAUGAGAUUAAAUAUCGAAUUUCUUAAAACUUGUUUUUCUAGAUAUUCACGAAUAAAUGCAUAAUUUAACAGACGCCUUUGUUCCAGUUUGUACUCUUUAUUAUUUAAAUCAACAAUAAAUAAGGAAAACAAUUAAAUCAAUAAUAGAAAAAAAAAGAAUGGGCUGAAAAUGAAACUUUUUAAAUUAAUUGUACAUCAAAAGAACUUCAGUGGAGAAGAUUUGAUAAUAAAUCCUAAGGAUUAUCCGGGAAUUAAAACAGGAGAUGUUGUUGAAAUCUAUCAUCCCGAAGAUGAGUUUAGUCGAUUAUUAUUGCAAGUCACUUCUUUUAAAGAGGACUUGCAAAGUCGUGAGACAAUUAGCGUGGAAAAUAAUGUAGCAACCAUGUUUCAAUUACGAACAUUUGCUGAUGUUUAUAUGAAUAUUGUUAAUCCCGACGAUGUUGCUCUUGAUUCUGUCGAGCUUACAUUCAAAGAUCAAUAUAUGGGUCGCAGUGAAAUGUGGAGAUUAAAAAAUAGUUUGGUAAACACGUGUGUAUAUACAAAUAAAAAAAUUGAAUUUUGCGGAGGAAGUAUAAGAUGUCAAGUUCAUGAAAUGUGGUCACAAGGUGAUCGUGUUGCUUGUGGUGUAAUCACUGAUGACACAAAGGUUGUUUUUCGCUCAUCGACAAGUAUGGUGUAUCUUUUUAUUCAAAUGAGUUCGGAAAUGUGGGAUUUUGAUAUUCAUGGCGAUCUUUAUUUCGAGAAGGCAGUAAAUGGUUUUCUUGCUGAUUUAUUUCAAAAAUGGAAGAAAAAUGGUAGCAAUCAUGAAGUGACUAUUGUUUUAUUUUCAAGAACCUUUUACAAUGCAAAUUCUUUGGAAGAAUUUCCAAAUCAUAUGCGAGAAUGUUUACAACACGAUUAUCGUGGUCGAUUUUAUGAGGAUUUUUAUCGUGUUGCCGUACAAAAUGAAAGAUACGAAGAUUGGAGUAAUGUUUUAGUACAAUUACGUAAAUUAUUUACAGAUUAUCAAAAAAUUGUUUUGGAAUAUCAUCAAAAAUCAGGGGUCCCUGUACCAAAAGCGACAAAUUCGACAGCGGCACAGGGAAAUUUUUUAGAAGUUCUCAAUAUGUCUCUCAAUGUGUUUGAGAAACAUUAUCUAGAUCGUAGUUUUGAUAGAACUGGACAAUUGUCUGUUGUUAUAACUCCAGGAGUAGGAGUUUUUGAAGUUGAUCGAGAAUUGACAAACGUUACAAAGCAGAGAAUUAUUGAUAAUGGAGUUGGCAGUGAUUUAGUUUGCGUUGGCGAACAACCUCUACAUGCAGUUCCUCUUUUAAAGUUUCAUAAUAAGGAUACAUCGAUAAAAGUUCCUGAUGACUAUAGCAUGCCUCAUUGGAUUAAUCUUAGUUUCUAUUCAACGAACAAGAAAAUUCCACAUUCGACUUUUAUACCACGAAUUAAACUCCCUCCGAAAGUUUCAAAACAACCGAAUGAAAAUGAAAAAUUAAUGACAAAAAAAUUAUUACAUCAAGAUUCAAAAGAAUGCCUUCAUAAUACUCUUUUUGAUUACGAUGCCUAUGAUGCUCAAGUUUUUCAAUUGCCUCCAAUCCAUACUUCUAGUUUGCAAAGAGUAUCGAAUAGAACAAAAAAAACGAGCGUUGCUUGUUUAGAAACACCGAACAAUUUACAGGCAUUAAAAUUAUUAAAAAGAAAAAUGUCCGAUCCUGAUAUUCAUCAUCCACCACCAGAAUUGUCAUCACCAACAUUGCUUUCCAGUAAAAGUGCAGCUAUUUCGAUUCCACAUCGAAACGAAGAAGUAAAUAGUGUCGAUUCCAAUGAAGGAAUGCAAAAAGCUCCUUCAAGAAUAUCAUUGAAAAGCGAUGCUACGGAUAGUGAAAUAUCACCACCAUUUAGGCCUAUUGUUGGUAGUGCUGGCAGUCCAACAAAUUCAAUUGCUCAACCGAUAAAUAUUCUUCGACCAAGUAGAGCUCUUAUAAAUCCUUUUGAUCCAUCACACGUUACUAUUAAACUCACGAGUAAUCGAAGACGAUGGACUCAUAUUUUUCCUAAAGGUCCAACUGGCGUUCUAAUUCAACAGCAUCAUUAUCAAGCUGUACCGGCUCAAACACGUUCUGAAAAACCAGGUGACACAACUUCAGUGCUGAGCAUCUCACCUGAGCAAAAUGGUGGUAAAAACUAUGCAAUGUCGAGAUCAACAUCUCAAACUGGAUUUCAAGAUCAUUCACAGACGAAAUCGCUAAAAAAUAUUGCGUCGCAGAAUAAUAUUGAUAAAGCUGGACAAACGGGAGGACAUUCUUCGAGCAAGAGUUUAACUCUAUUAUGGGGCGCUACUGGAGAACAAGAAUGGACUCCAGCUCUUACAACAGCAAUCAUAGGUGUUGAUUGGAAAUCGUUAACAAUUCCUGCUUGUUUACCAAUAACAACUGAUUAUUUUCCGGAUAAAAGAAGUUUACAAAAUGAUUAUGUUGUAUCGGAUUAUAAUUUAUUACCAGACGAUGUUAAUGCUGAUUUUGCACAGCAACGUGCAAUUUAUAAAAAACCUCUCACCACUGCCGAAGUUUUUAAGGAAUUAGUUUCUCAAAGAUUGGCACAGGGAUUUCAACACAUUAUUUUACCACCGAAUAAUAAAAAUCAAAUAACAACACCUGGAAGUAAUAAUGCACCACCUAUAAGUUCAGUUAUGAGGGGUCGACCAUCUGAAUCGGAGCCAAAAGAAGAAUAUCUGUUAAGUAUAGGAAGAAUAUUUCACAAAAUUUCCCUUUGUGGAAAUUGUAUAACUGUAACGAGAUACAGACCAAGACAUCCAUAUCCUCCUUUUAAUAUUCAUUAUCGUUAUCGAUUUCAUGCACCUCAUCAUGAUACUUACGAAGUAUCGUGGGUUUCUUUUACAACUGAAAAAUUAGAAAAUUACAAUUGGAAUUAUUUGGAUCAUUAUAUUUGCACACGAGGUGACACGGAUUUUUCUUUAGCUGAGGCACUUAAGUAUUGGAGAUUCAGAAUAUUUCUUCUACCAUUAAAUAAUCCAGCGACACGUAAACUUCUUGAAGGUUCACCUCGUUGUGAUAUUUACACUCCGCUUUCUCCAAGUGAGCAAGCCGCAUAUAUGGAUGGUUUUCUCCGAUUUAUCGAAGGAUGGUUAAAUAAAAUUAGACGACCAAAUUCAAAUAAAAAUUGGAGGGAUCGCAUACAGCGUGAUGUGUUUCAGAAUCCAUCAACUAUAGGUGGUGCUUUUACAAGAGAUCCUGCGUCUCAUUUGACUAGGCGAAGGCACAGCACGAGCCUGAUUUUUCUCACUAACCAUCAGACAAGCCUAGUUGGCAAUUCUCCAUUCAGAGAGAGACUUGGGAGCAAUCGACUUCCUGAAAAACCAAGACCAAGAUCAGGGUCAAAAGUGUUGGAUCGAGGUAGGAUUUCCCCUGCCAGUGAAGCAGUUUUACCCCUUUCUUUGGAACAACAACAGGAUCACUUGGACACAAACGAUGAAAGUAAUAAUGCUGAAGUGGCGAAACUAAAAAAUAAUGCUUCAAAUACCGAGAUUUUAGAAGCUUUAAAACAUCCCGUGAGUGGUGUGGGUUUUCUUACACAGCAUAAGGAUGCACUUCCGAGUCAAACUUUUGUGAGUGCAGAUGCAGUACAAUGGUUAAAUAAUCACAUUGACGGAGGAGUAACUGUUGAAAGUGCAAUAAACAUAAUGCAGAAUAUGAUAAACGAGAAGCUUAUAUGUCACGCGUCAGGAGAUUUUACGAAACCUUUUAUUUUGGGAUUUUAUUUGUAUCGUGUUGUACAGGAGAAAGAGAGUCAAAAAGGUUCCGACAAUUGUCUGCCUCUUGGAGAUUUACAAAGUUUUGAAAAUGAAUGGGUAGAGAUAGAAACUAGACCGCCAAAAGGAUGGUGCGAACGUACUGUACCAAUAAUACAUUCAAAUGUCUCAUCACCAAUAGCUAUUCCAAGCUGUGAUACUGUAGACGAAUCUAAUGUUCCAAUUUUUCUACGAGACGAAAUAGAAAUUUCAGAUUCGUCAGAUUGGAGAGUUCCUAUGUAUAAACAUACUCAUUUAGAUAUUGAUAUUCUAAAUAAUAUCACUAAAAGUGAUAGAAUUGAAUGGGGCCAUUUAAGAUAUCAAUCUGUUUUUAAAGCCGAUCAUUCUUAUGAAUUGGUUGUACAGUGGGUCGCAUCUUCUGGAAGUAUUGUCGCAGAUUUGAUAUUUCUGUGGCAACGUAAAGCACAAAUGUGUGGAUUGCAUAUGGUACCAAUUCCUAGUGAUUUAUUGGCUUUACCAUUUACUCUAAAAAGCGAUCCUCUAAGAGGUCCUAUUUUCAUACCUCUAAGUACAGAAUGUCUAAUGACGAAACGACGUUAUCUUUUUGAAGAAUUUCGAGAGGACACAUACACGCAAAGAUUGUUUCUUUUUCAAGAGGCAAUUUUACAGAGAUUUGGAUUUAUUCCAUGUAUAACAGAAGGUACUGAGAAUGAUCGUCAAUACGUUCAUGUAACGGGCAAUGCUUUUAUUUUGAUUCCAUCAACUACCGGCGCAAGACCGCGAACACGAACUGGAACUAAUGUUGUGAGACGAAAUACAGCUCAAAAACGAUAUCCAGUUCAUUCAGAUCAGCCAAGCCCUCAUGAAGCUUAUAUUACAAGACAUGUUAGUGGAAAAAGUAAUGACGAUUACAGUCCCGAUAGACGAUUGGGUUUUCUCUGGUCAUGGAAUCAUAUGGUUAGUCGAAAAUGGAAAUCAUUGUCAACAUCGUCAGGUGAUGAGUUAUUUCAAAAAAGAAUCAUUCAGGAUUUCAGGCAAUUUUGCUCAAAUAGUGAUAAUAGAUUAGAAAUGUUUUGGGAGUCAUGUUGGGAGUUAAAGGAAAAAUCCUGCAUCAAAAUAAAAGAAUAAUUUUUUUUUUUUUUUUUUUUUUUUUUUUUAGUUACAUUUCAAAGAUCAUUUUAUUUUUCUAUGAUUCGUGAUUUUAGAUUAAAUUAUUUUUUUUGAAAUAGAA